AUGGCGUCUGCUGAUCUGAGAGACGAUCUGAGGUGCUCCAUCUGUCUGGACAUUUAUACAGAUCCGGUAAACCUGAGAUGUGGGCACAGCUUCUGCCGGGAAUGUAUUGACCAUGUGCUGGACACUCAGGAGACGUCUGGACUUUAUACCUGUCCGGAGUGCAGAGAGGAGUUCAAGGAGCGACCUGUACUGUCUAGCGCUAGAGCUCUACGGAACAUAGCGGAGAUGCUUUUGAUUUCUCAGUCCAAUCAGGAAGAGACAGGGAUUUAUUGUACUUACUGUGUGGAUUCUCCUGUACCGGCUAUAAAAUCCUGCCUGUGGUGUGAAAGUUCUCUAUGUGGCAGACAUUUGAGAGUCCAUCCCAAGUCACCAGAACACGUCUUAUCCGAUCCCACCAACUCCCCGGAGAACAGAAAAUGCUCCAUCCAUAAAAAGAUUGUGGAGUAUUACUGCACCAAGGAAAAGGUUUGUAUCUGUGCUCACUGUAUUGUCAUUGGAGAUCACAAAGGACACCCGGUGGAGUCGCUGGAUGAGGCCUCUGAGAAGAAGAAGGAGAAGAUGAGGAAAGAUCUGGAGAUGAUGACCUCAAAUAUUGCAUGGGCUGAGAAACAAGUCCGGAGUCUGGAGGAACGCAAGACAGACGUACAAGAAAAAGCAGCCGGUGUAAUGGAGAGAGUCGCUGCCCUGUUCAGAGAUAUCAGGAGAGAGCUGGAAGAACUUGAGAAGAGAGUCCUGAGUGAGAUUUCCAUGGAGGAGAAGAAGAUGUCACAAUCUCUGUCCAAUCUAAUCCAACAACUGGAGAUACAGAAGGACGAGUUGUCCAGGAUGAUGAGUCACAUUGAGGAAUUGUGUAACAUCUCCGACCCAAUGACCAUCCUGAAGGAUCGGAACUCAGACAGAGAGGAGAUCUGUCAUACCGAGCAGGAGGAUAAUAUGGAGACAAUGAUUCCGAGGGAAGGUGAUUUUUAUGAGAAUUCCAUCACAGAGAAAUUACACAAAUUAUCUGACUUUAUAAAAGAUUUUACCUUCUGUAUACAGAAACCAGAAGGAGUUUUACUUGAUGAGGAAACAGCCAUUUUUAAUAUACAGUUUUCAGGGUAUUUUAAAACUGCGUUCAGGUCAGCAGUCCAAAUAAAUCGUCCAGAAGGUCCCCAAAGAUUAAGGGACGGUCAGGUUCUAAGCAGGAAAAGUUUUUCUUCAGGGCGGCAUUCCUGGGAGGUGGACACGAGUAAUUCUACUACCUGGAGAGUCGGGUUGUGUUAUCCCAGUAUGGACAGGAAUUCAUUUAUUGGGGAAAAUAAGUAUUCCUGGUGUAUAGGAAGGCAUAAUAAUGAAUAUCAUUAUGUGUAUGAAAGUAAACGUAUACCAUUUCCCCACAAGCCAACCAGCCAUAAAUUCAGGAUCUGUCUGGAUUAUGAAGCCGGGAAGAUCUCCUUUUAUGAGCUGAGCGACCCAAUCAGACACCUCCACACCUUCACCAUCACCUUCACUGAGCCCCUCCACCUUGGGAUCUAUUUUUGGAAUGGAUCAGUGCCAAUUGCCAAGUAG